AUGGAAAGUACUUCCAGUGCUGGUAGUGAUGAUUCUCAUCGAGUAUGUGUCAUUUAUUUCGAGGGUAAAGACGGAGAGCUUAGAGAAUUAACAAGUGAAACCGUGAAUAGAAUUUUGGAAAGAAGAAAGGAGUGGUUAAGUCUGCCAUCCUCGUAUAAAGCCUUUACUGAAGUCGCCAAAAAGUCGUUCGAGUUUAUUCAUGAAACUGACGAUUUAAACCCGGAAAAUAUUGCGAAAACAUAUUGCUUUCAUCCUGCCUGUUAUCGAAGUUUUACAGACAAAAGUAAACUUGAUAGAGCCAAAACUACGUUGACUAAUGCUGCCGAUCGCAAGCGAGUGGCCGACGACAAUACUCAGACCAACUGUCCAAGACCAGAAAAA